AUGGGUGAAUGGAUGAAAAUUCUAUCUAUCGAAAAAAGAAGGUUCGGUAGCUCCUACUUGACCAAAAAAUUGAAAACGAUAAAUGACAGAGCUUUGAAGUAUCACAAGGAUUAUGUUAGAUCAUUGGAUGCUCUAGAAGGUAAGAAUAGAAGUGUAAUGAAAGAAAUAUUCCCAAAUAAGAAAAGCGAAAUAAACGAUUUGUUUUUUUUAAGAGGAGUAAAGGAUAACGGUUUAAACUAUGACUAUCACUCCCAUCACACCGAUAAUGCAGAUGAUGAAAAUUUGUUAGAUAUGCAGGUAGCAGAAAACAAGUACGAGCACGAAAUGAAGAGUAUGACUUUAGACGAAUUUGGCUGCGUAAAAAUAAUACAUAAUGAUAUAUUAGAAGAAGAGGCAGAUUGCAUGAUUGUACCGAUGGUUUCGAAUUUUAUACCCUUAAGCGGAUUUGGAGCAUAUGUAUUGCAAAAAGGAGGGAGAGAAUUAGUAAAGGAAAUUUUUGUAUCUAUAAAGAGUUUAAUUAAGAAGAGAAUUGACACAUUAAAUGAACAUAAAGAAGAAUAUAUAAAUGGAAUGACUGUAAUAAAUUCAGAAAAAGGAUUUAAAGAGUUAGUAGAAAAUUCUAAAAAAUUACAAAUAGGUGAUGUUAUAUUAACAAAACCAUAUAAUGUUAGUGAUAAAGUAAAAUUGUUAGCAUUUUUAAUAAUGCCAUAUUAUUGGCAAGGAAAUACUUACGUAUCAUCCAAUAAAUUAAGAUAUGCAUUUUCAAAUGUUUUAAAACAAUUAAAUGAAUUAUGUAUUUCUUCAAUUAUUUUACCUGACAUAUCGUCAGGUAUUUAUGGUUAUACCCCUACUAAUUCUAGUAUUAUUUUGAUUGAGGAAUGUGCAGAAUGUUUGUUACAGUUAUAUAAUACCAUUCCAAUAUAUAACUUAAAUUCAAUAUCAUUUGUAGAUAAAGAUUUAAGUACUUGUAAAUUAUUUAGUGAGGCUCUUGAAGACGUAUCAAGAAAUUAUCUGCCUAAUAAAAAAGUGGUGCCUGCUCCGAAAUACUGGAAUACUGUUAAUAGACGCCUUUUAGAAAUACCUUCUAAUGUUGUUUAUUUUUGCCGAAAACAAAGUAAAAUUUCUUUUAAAAAAUAUCAUGGUAUAAUUAGAAGAAAACUACAAAAUUAUUAUAGUAAUAUUAGACCAUUCAAAUGGAGGGCCUCAAGAGUAAUUGAACCAAAUCCAUUUCUUCUUUACAAAAAUUCAGGUCAACCCAGCUCCUAUCAGUAUAAAUCUAAGCCUUACUACUACAAAGGUAUUUCACAUACUCUUUACAAUAUUAACAAAAAGGGACUGGUGAAUAUUAGGGUUGGACGAAACGGAAAAUUGCAGGCCCUCAAAAGUAUUUCUAACAUUUCACUGGAAACGAAACCGCGCUUGUAG